AUGUUGUGCUUCCUGUUUGGCAGCGUUCUGUCCCAUGUGCCUGCCUGUGUCUAUAGAACUUUAAGGUGUGCUCCCCUACUGCAGGAGUCAGGCUCCAUCUUCCUCCAGUUCAGCUCAUCCACCAGCCUCCAGCUGGAGGUCAUCUUCAAAAUACUAGAGGAGUACGACUGGACCACCUUCUCAGUGGUGUCCACCCGUCACCAUGGCUACCAGGACUUCCUGUCGGUGGUGGACGGCCUGACGGAGGACGGCUUGACGUUAUCGCUGGGAAAGAAGAGCGUGGUCAUGCUGAACGUGACGGAUGACCCGGGAGGGGGUACGCGCAGGCUGCUCAAGGAGAACGAGGCGCAGGUACGUCUGCUCUACUGUUCCCAGGAGGAGGCCGAGCUGGUGUUUAAGCAGGCAGCCUGGGCCGCAGGUCAGGCUGGACCCUCUCACAUGUGGUUCGCUGUGGGGCCAGCCCUGUCCGGCCUUGGCAUGGAGGGUCUCCCCAGGGCCCUGUUCGCCGUGCGUCCACAGGGCUGGAAGGACAAGCCCCGCAUGAGGAUCGCCCGGGGCGUGUCCAUACUGACCCACGGAGCGGUGGCACUGCGCCGUGACUAUGGGGCCUCUGGAGGGCCAAACUUUGUCACCAACUGCAUGACGGAAGCCAAUCAAACACACAGGGUGCGGGGGAGGAUGAGGUAUUUCAGCAACAUCACGUUGGGUGGCAGAGACUACUCUUUCGACAGUGACGGUUACCUGGCCAACCCCGUCCUAGAAGUAAUCUCCUAUACACCUGGCAAAGGCUGGGAGGAUGUAGGGAUGUGGGAGAACGGUAAGUUGGAUUUGGUUUAUCCAGCGUGGUCGCGUUACGGUCCAUUCCUCCAACCGCCUGAUGGCGCACAGCACCUGCGCGUGGUCACUCUGGAGGAACGUCCGUUUGUCAUCGUGGAGCUGGCUGAUGCCGCCUCCAACACCUGCAUCAGAGACUCUGUACCCUGCCGACGACCCCUCAACGCCAGGUGGUGGGACAGCGAGCAGAUAGGCCAUCGGAUCCCUCACCAUCAACGAGGAGAGGUCAGAGGUCGUGGAUUCUCGUCCCCUUCGUGGAGACGGGCAUCAGGUCAUGGUUCCGUAGCAACGGACCGUUCACCCUCUGCCUUCCUGGCUCUGACACAGAGUCAGUGUGUGGUGGGACCGUAUGAAGGAAAGGCAGGAGGCUCUACGUUCACCAUAGGAAAGUCUGUGUGGUUGCUGUGGGCCAUUGUGUUCAAUAACUCGGUCCCAGUGGAGAACCCCAGAGGAACCACCAGUAAGAUCAUGGUGCUGAUCUGGGCCUUCUUCGCUGUCAUCUUCCUGGCUUCCUACACAGCCAACCUGGCUGCCUUCAUGAUCCAGGAGGAGUACAUAGACACUGUGUCUGGACUCUCAGACAAAAAGGUAAACAUAGAAGAAUGA